UUGUGCUAGUUGCCGUGGGAUCCAGUGGGCCGGGAGCUGCGUCACACAGCGGGCCUCCAUAUUAAAAACGGAGAGAUGGGGCAGUGCGGGGUGAUCUCCUCUAAGACCGUUUUGGUUUUUCUUAACCUAAUUUUUUGGGCUGCAGCUGGGAUCUUGUGCUAUGUAGGAGCCUAUGUGUUUAUCACAUAUGAUGAUUAUGAACACUUCUUUCAGGAUGUAUAUACCUUGAUCCCUGGGGUUAUAAUUAUAGCAGCAGGGGCUCUCUUGUUUAUCAUUGGUUUAAUUGGCUGCUGUGCCACCAUAAGGGAAAGCCGCUGUGGACUGGCAACAUUUGUUAUUAUCCUGCUCCUCGUGUUGGUGACUGAAGUGGUUGUGGUCAUUCUUGGAUACAUUUAUAGAGCAAAGGUAGAGGAUAAAGUUGAUCAGAGCAUUGCGGAUGUAUUCAACCAGUACAAUGGUGCAUCCCCUGACUCAGCCAGCCGGGCAAUUGAUUAUGUACAAAGGCAGCUUCAUUGCUGUGGGAUUCACAACUAUUCUGACUGGGAGAAGACACCAUGGUUUAUUUCCACAAAGAACAACAGCGUCCCACUCAGCUGCUGCAAACUUAGUGCCCUCAACUGUACCGGAAGCAUGAGUCGGCCUUCAGACUUGUAUUCUGAGGGCUGUGAAGCUCUGGUUGUGGAAAAGCUUCAGGAAAUAAUGAUGUAUGUGAUCUGGGCAGCACUGGGAUUUGCUGCCAUACAGCUCCUGGGAAUGCUGUGCGCCUGCAUUGUCCUGUGCAGAAAGACACGUGAUCCUGCCUAUGAACUUCUCAUCACUGGCGGUACCUAUGCAUAAAAUCCACUACAAACCCCUAUAGCAGUUAAGGGGUUUGUUCAAUAUUGAAGUAAUUUCACUUGCUGACACUAAACACGCGACCUGCUGAUGUUUCUCACCCCAGUUCAGCAGUCAAAACAAGGAUUAUCGCAAAACAACUUCUCAAUAGAAUUGAAAUAUUGAAAAUUAUUUAAGAACAGAAGUAUAUAUAUAAAAAAAAAUCUUUGAUUCUUAAAUGGAUGUUUGAAUUCUACUUGUGUCAGUGGAGUAUGGUGACAUAAUCCCUUUUUUUGUGUGACAUCACUGUCUGCUUAACAAGUGUUUUCACAGACUGAAUCCUUGUUCGUUUUUUUUUGUUUUUUUUUUGUUUUGUUUUUUUGUGAAAUAAGACAGUAGUAAAUACUUUACGUUUUGAGGCACAGUAUACAUUCAUUUAUUUCCAAAGGAACAGGCUGCCAUUUCAUUUGUACAGCUUAAGAGGCAACUGACUAUUUACCCUAUUACCUGCAGUGCUGCUUUCUGUUUUGUUUGACAAGGGUAAAAAGUUUUUCACAGUGUCAUCAACUUUUAACAUUAAAAGCCUCCAAAAUUUAUAUUUGAGCAAAAUUAUGUAUGUCCUAAAUUAUACACCAAUUAUUUCAUGUUUGUUUUCUCUUUAAUCUCAAAGCUUAGCUCUUAGCUGAUUGAGUCUCACUGUCGUCGUACUUUAUCAUCUCAAGAUAGGGAAUUAGUCACACUGUUAGCAAUUCAGGAGAACUAUUCACACCUCUUAGUUUUCAUAAAAGCAUAAGGGUGUGCUCUUAAUAAAAUGUUUAUGGUUUGAUAAAUAUUAAACGUAGGACUUUGAGUUUUUCUUAAAUCAUAUGCACUACUGUUCCUUUUUUAGGUAUUUAGAUUAUUUUUUUUAGCUGUUCUAUGUGUCAAGUGAAGAAUUAGCGAUGUAGUAUUCUCUGAAUCAACAAUGUUGCAUUUUAGAACAGCUAAAUUAUUGUGUGUGACUGGAACUGACAUGUAAAUAGUAAUUGAUUCAAUAAAAAACUAAAUCCAAAAUUAA